UCUAAGCUUCAUAAGCUUUGCUUUCUGACUGAGGCACUGAGGUAGUCUAUUCUAUUGCGUUUCUUGAAGUUAAAUCUUAAAUCUACUGGCUUAGAUUUCUGGAAAAGUAUCAAAACUAGUAACUCAGUAUUUUACUUUUUGUAUUCUAAAUGUGAGAAAUUAUUCCACAGCUAUUAUGGAGGAGGAUACAGAUGUAUUGGAAGAUGGAGAGAUCGUAGAGGAAUGCGAUACUUCGUCUGCUCCUGUGUCGUUCUCGUUGAGUCGGGCCAUUUCAAGAGAGCCCGAGACAAUCUGUAGUGAAGAGAGCAGCAACGACAACUCGGAUGACUCUGACGAUGACAGUGACGCCCAAUGCUCAAAACCAAAAAAAGUAAAACCCCAAUGUCAGUUACCAGUGAGUAGGAAAGAAGUUCCCAACAAGUACAAGGUCUGGAGCGUAGCUAUACAGGAGGAGGCCCUAACAGAGACGCUGACUAAGUGCGACGUAGAAGCUAUAGAUCGUGAGAGGAGCGUGGAAUCGUACAACUACAAAGUAGUAGACAACACUGACUACAGUCAUUACAAUGAUUUCCACAUGUCGGUCUCUGAAUGUCCCUUGAUAGAGAACAAAUACAUCAACAGCAAGUACGGCAGCAAUGAUAGGAGAUUUGGGGUUGGUAGCAAACGUCGGCACAGCGAUAUCAAGCAGAGGAUUGGACAUGGAGACAAUUGCCGGGCAUACAAGAUGGCAAACCUCUCUGUGACUGCGGAUGAUCCACCAGAAGACGUGGCCGAGGACAUAGCCAAGAAACUGAGAGAGUCUAAGAUCGAUCUCAUCUUAAAUGUUGUACUGGUGUUGGGCAAGGAGAAGGCUAUUGCUCUGUACAACGAAACCAAAGAUGUAGAAGAUAAUGGAGGCAUGCUGUUAAUGAAUGGAGAGAGAAGGCGGACAGCAGGAGGUGUGUACUUCCUGUUGCUGAAGAGAGACAACACCAUCAGCUCGGAUGCCACAAAGGAAAUAUUCAACGAUAAAUUUUGUAACAGGAAGAAAAAGAAAGCACAUAGAAAAAAAAAGAGCAAGAAGUAUGAUGAAAUUAAAGAGACUUUAAUAAGAGAAAAACUCCUUGGGCUUAACACUGCUGCGUAUCCUCCCGAGUCGGAUACAAAACAGUCUGGUGGUCUACUGGACGCAGAAAGCAAUAACCUAGAAGAGGGCGAGGUGGAGCUGACCGUAACGAACCCACCGCCGUCUCCCGCCACAGACCAGGAUACGCCUCCUUCGCGCACGCUAGUCUACAGCGAGGACGAGACCGAACAUGUGGACACCGGCACGUCCAUCUGCGCGGAGAGUAUAGGUCGCAAGGUUGUUAGCUACGAAGACGACGACGACGGUGACUUUUUGGACUUAGAUGUCGACGAAAUGGAUGUGUUUUGAAUUUUGUGAUAUUACAGUAAUAUUAAGUACCGUAGCAUGUAAAUAUCGUAAUUACUUGGUAAUAUUUUUCUAAUGUAUUUAUACAUUAAUGUUGUAAUCAGCUAUUUUUUUAAGUAUUGAUCGAUACGAGACA